CCCCUCACAUCACCGGAUGGAUCCAGUAAUGGGAACCCACCAGAGAGAUGUCCCCGUCCUCUGUAUUCCCGGGACUCCACACAGGACCAUCAGGAGAGCCCUCAGGAAGACCAAGGUGAAGACCUAGUUACUGUUAAAGUCGAAAAUGAGGAAAGGAUUUCUAUGAUGGAUGUUGAGCAGCAAGAGGAGAUCCCUCCGGAGAUCAGCACAGACCCCGGAGACACCAGAGAGACUUUGAGAGAUGUCAAACCUGAGGAGGAGGAAGAAGGACGUGUGAGGAUUAAAGAGGAGAGAACUCCUAUAGAAAUCAGCAGAGAUGAACAAUACAGAAGUGACACCGAAGAGCUUCCAUUGCCCCUCCAGACAGUGAAAUAGAAGGUGAUGAGGCCACAUCUGAUUCUUCAGAAGAAAUCCCCAUUGCCACAAUUCAUCAUACUGGAGUAUCUCCUAGUGCAGGUCUACCACUCAAAGCCUCUACAUGUUGGGGAUGGCAUCCUGACCAUGCCUAUCAUGUCACCCAGCAAGUUCCCAAGACAGAAGAUAGAAAUUUCCCGUGUUAUGAGUGUGGGGAGUCUUUUGCCCAGAUAGAAGAACUUAUAUCACAUCGAGCAAGUCACAAGGUUGAAAAGUCGUUUUUCAUGUCCCGAUUGUGGAAAGUUUUUUUGCUCGGAGAUCCAACCUCCUUCAGCAUCAGAAAAUUCACACAGGGGUGAAGCCUUUUGAAUGUUUGGAAUGUGGGAGAGGUUUUACUGAGAGAUCCAGUCUUGUUCAACAUGAGAGAAUCCACAGAGGCAUCAAGCCUUUUUCAUGUUCCCACUGCGGGAAAAGCUUUACUCAGAGAUCCAGUCUUACGGAACAUGAGAGGAUUCACACGGGUCUGAAACCAUAUUCAUGUUCUGAAUGUGGCCGAUGUUUCGCUAAAGGAUCAAAUCUUACAGCCCAUCUGAGAAUGCACUCCGGGGAGAAGCCAUUUUCCUGCGCUGAAUGCGGUAAAAGCUUUCUCUUUAAGUCGUAUCUUAUAGUACACGAAAGAAUUCAUACCGGGGAAAACCCGUUUACAUGUUCGGAGUGUGGGAAGUGUUUUUCUCAGAAACAACAUCUGAUUUCACACCAGGGGACUCACACGGGCAAAAAGCCGUUUUCAUGUUCGGAAUGCGGGAAAUCCUUUUUCCAGAAAGCGCGUCUUACCUCCCAUCAGAUGACUCAUACGGGCGAGAUGCCUUAUUCCUGUUCUGAGUGCGGGAAGUGUUUUUCUUUUAAACAUCUACUCAUGAAACACUAUAGAGUGCACACGGGAGAGAAGCCUUUUUCAUGUAUAGAAUGUGGAAAGCGUUUUUUUGAGAGAAAACGUCUGGUGUCCCAUCAGAGAUCUCACACCGGGGAGAAGCCAUAUUCCUGCUCAGAAUGUGAACAGUGUUUUACGUCUAAACAUUCACUCACAGUUCACCACAGAGGUCACACAGGAGAGAAGCCGUACUCAUGUUCAGAGUGUGGGAAAUGUGUCACCACAAGGUCCAGUCUUGCCAAACACCAGGCACGUCACACGGGGAUGAAGCCAUUUUCCUGCUCUAUAUGCAACAAGCGGUUUUUUCACAAAUCCAUUCUGAUCACACAUGAAAGACUUCACACAGGGGAGAAGCCGUAUUCCUGUUCUGAAUGUGGCAAAUGUUUUAGCGAUCGAUCUAAUCUUACUUCACAUCAAAUAAUUCACAAUAGCGAUCUUCAGUACUCCUGUUCAGAUUGUGGGAAAGGUUUCAAAAGGAAGUCAGACCUGGCUUCUCAUAGCAGUCGAAUCCACAAGGGAGAACACCCUGUCUAG